AUGGUCACACCCGAAAUUUCGCAAUCCCAGAUUGGGCAGAGUGAGACGGGGAAUACGUCGCCUUGCACUGAGACUCCGGAUAUUGAGACUGGGCUCGAUGUGAAAGCCCAUUCUCCAGAAGACCAAAAGGAGGAUUGGGAGAAUGAUCCGCGGAAUCCAUACAACUGGCCGACGAGAUCAAAAUCUCUCCAGGUUUUGAUGAUGGCAUCUGCUGCGUUCACAACCUCUGUUGGAGUUUCAAUUCUAUCUCCAGCUCAUACCCAGUUUAUGGAAGAGUUUGGGGUAGGCAAUACAGUCGCCAUAUUGCCGUUAUCACUUUAUGUUUUUGCACUGGGACUUGGCCCUGUUGUCGGUGGACCUCUAUCUGAAACGGUCGGGAGAUACCCCGUAUAUCUAGGAACUGUCGUUCUUGGAAGCCUUUUCACCUUAGGAGUUGGCUUCAGUCAUACUUUUGCGGGAGUGUGCAUUCUACGGUUUCUAGCGGGGUUUUGCUUCGCGCCGUCGUUAGCUAUCGCUGGUGGAACGAUUAACGAAACAUUUAAGCCUGUGAAACGGGCGCUUCCGUCCACAAUUUUCAUUUUGACUCCAUUUUUAGGUCCUGGUCUCGGACCGGUUAUCGGCAGCUUUAUUGUCAAUCGCAAAGGCUGGAGGUGGACGCAAUGGACAAUGAUCUUCUUCGGAGUUUUCACGAUUUUCACAAGUAUCUUUGCAAAAGAAACUUUCCAUCCGGCUAUUAAACGCCGAAUUUCCAAAGAUCUUGGUCGGCCCUUACCUGUAUCGCCAGCCUUGGCUGUCAAGUUUCGACUAUUUGUGACAAUUGCUCUUCUUCGUCCGACUCAAAUGCUGAUCAGUGAGCCUAUCGUCGCAUUCAUAUGUCUCUAUGUUGCUUGCGAAUUCGCUACACUAUUCUCAUUCUUUGCCGCCUUUCCACUUGUUUUCCAAGGGGUGUAUGGCUUUGGGAUCGAGGACUCUGGUCUUGUGUUUCUUUCUAUAGUAGUCGGCUGUCUGCUUGGGGCUAUCACAGUACUAUUUUGCGACCUAGUUCUCUAUCGCCCUCAAGCUACCAAAUUUUCUGGACGCAAUAUCCCUCCAGAAUAUCGCCUGUAUCCUGCUAUGUUUGGCAGUAUUGGUCUCCCAAUCGGGUUAUUCUGGUUCGGCUGGACCGCUAGGGCAAACAUAUCGUGGGCCAGCCCAGUCGUUGCUGUGAUGGUAUUUUCAUGGGGGAACCUGUGUGUUUUCGUGAGCACUACGCAGUAUAUCGUUGACACCUACCAUGGCUUGACUGUUGCCAGUGCCAUGAGCGCGAACAGUUUAGCUCGUUACGGUCUUGCAGCUGCAUUUCCUCUUUUUACAAUUCAAAGUCAGUAUCUCGAUGACCCUCGGAGUGAAUUUAUAGCUGACCUUUCCCUUAAAGUGUAUACUAAGCUAGGUAUUGGAUGGGCUUCAAGCCUACUUGGUUUUAUUUCCAUUGCUCUGUUGCCCGUUCCCUGGCUGUUCUUUUCGACGGGGAAAAAGCUGAGGGGUUUGAGUAAAUUUGAGACAGCAGACACAUAG